AUGGCUUCGAUUGAUCUUAUCGAACGUCUUGUACAAGUGCUUCGCGAUACUGUACAAAAUGUGGAUCAAAUGAGCGUCAAUGAUAUUCAUUAUUGGUUAGAUAUGCGUAAUUCUACUAUUAACGAAUUAAACGAAAAAAUUUCUAAAUCCAAUCUCACGAGAGGAGAAAAACAGAAAUGUCAAACUUGUUUGACGCAUCUUUCGUGUGUGCAAGUAGAAUUUGAACAUCGUCUUCAUCGAGGAGGUAGUCUGCAUGCUGAAGAAGCAGAAGCUAGAGUUGAGUGGCGUGAUGUGCAAUCAGCCUUCCAAAAUCGAAUCAGGACAGGUGUGGUUGUUAACAUAAAGCAUGUGGACAUAUUGAGUUUUUUUAAUGAUGCACCGAAGCUCUUCAAAGAUAAGACACAAGCAUGUUUAGAAGAAUAUAAUGUGGUGAAAAUCAAUUCGGAUUUUAUUUCAGAAUUUACAAUGCAAAAAAAUGGUGAAGAAACGACAGAUAUUAAAUAUUUUACGAGUGAGAGUGCUACAGUAUACAUGUCAACAGAUUUAGAGAAAUGGUUUACAGACAAUAUUAAAGAGCCCAUUCUUUCGCAAUUAGAAGAAUUUCAAGAAAAGGAUUCAGGCUGGACCCUGAAGAGUAUUAUAAGUUUAUGUAUAAAUAUGAAAAAAUAUUCUCCAAUUAAGGGAAGUUCUUAUAUUCCUCUUCCAAAGUUUAUUGAAAAUAAAAAAGCAUGUGUUAACGUUCAUAAUAACGACGAUCAGUGUUUCAAGUAUGCUGUUCUUUCAUCAUUAUAUCCAAGUAACAAAAAUGCUAGUAGAGUUAAUCAGUAUCGAUUGCAUGAAAAUGAAUUAAAUUUUGCUGGUAUAGAAUUCCCAGUAAAACUUAAAAGUAUUCCGAAAUUUGAAAAACUGAAUAAUAUUUCAGUAAAUGUAUACAUGCUUAGAAAGUAUGGCCACAAAUUCGAAGUAAUACCUUGUCAUAUUACGACAGAGAAGAAGGAAAAACAUGCAAACCUUCUCAUCAUUCAAGAUUUUUAUAUAGAUGAGCAUGAAGAAAAUAAUCGUGCUGAUGAAGGUGACAUGCCUAAAUAUCAUUACGUUUGGAUAAAAAAUUACAGUAAGAGUGAAAAGGUUCCUUUUGUUAUUUAUGCGGAUUUUGAAUGUUUAUUGAAACCUACUGAGAAUGAGAAUGCUUUCCAACUACACGAAGCAUACAGCAUAGGAUACUUCAUAAAAUGCAGUUUUGAUGAUAGCUUAUCUGGCUAUAGAUCAUACAGAAGAAAAAAGGAAGAAGAAGAGACAGCUGCAGCAUAUUUUGUUCAAGAAUUAAAGUCAAUUGGUGAAAAAAUUGACGUACUCUACAAGAAUCCAAAACCAAUGAGACUUACAGAUUUAGAGGAAAUAUCUUUUCGGAGAUCAUCAACUUGUCAUAUAUGUCGGAAACCAUUCACUAGUGCAGAACUUGCUGUACGAGACCAUUGUCAUCUCACAGGGCGUUUCAGAGGUGCAGCUCACAAUUCUUGUAAUUUGAAUUAUAAGGAUUCAAGAUUCAUUCCUGUGGUUUUUCAUAACCUCAAUUACGACACUCAUUUUAUUUUAAAGGAGAUUGCUACUUCUACGUUGAAGAGGACGAAUUCUUGGCGUUUGCUACCUUCAUCAUUGGAAAAGCUUGCAUCAUAUCUGAAAAAUGUAACAAUAGCAGUAAAGGAAUUUCGAUCAGAUGGACUUACAGAUGAAAAGAUAGAUCUCCUUCGACGAAAAGGUGUAUUUCCAUAUGAUUUUGUAAAUGGAUUAGAUAAGUUGACGACUACAAAAUUGCCAGAAAAGAAUGAUUUUUAUAAUAAGCUAACAGAUUCUCAAAUUGCUGAAGAAGACUAUAAGCAUGCUGUCCAAGUUUGGAAUAAGUUCAAUAUUAGUACGUUGGGAGAAUAUUCAGAUCUUUAUCUGAAAACCGAUGUUUUACUAUUGGCCGAUGUUUUCGAGAGUUUUCGAGAAACCUCUCUUGAAGCCUAUGAUUUAUGUCCCGCUCACUUUUAUACGACUCCUGGACUAACUUUUUCAGCAGCUUUAAAAAUGACAAAGGUAGAAUUGGAGCUUCUUACAGAUAUUGACAUGCUAAUGUUUAUCGAAUCGGGCAUUCGAGGUGGAAUAAGUCAGUGUUGUAAUCGAUAUGCCAAGGCAAAUAAUCCAUAUAUGGGUUCUUCAUACGAUAAGGAUCAGAAAACAAAGACUCUCUUAUAUUUUGAUAUCAACAAUCUUUAUGGAUGGGCAAUGGUACAGCCUUUACCAAUUGGAAAAUUUGAAUGGAUUGAUUAUGAGAAAAAUCCAAGUUUUUUCAAUACACCACCAGAUUCUGAUAUAGGCUAUUUUGCUGAAGUUGACUUGGAGUAUCCUGAAGAAAUACAUGAUGAUCAUAGGAAUUUACCUUUUUGCGCAGAACAUCUUGCACCACCUGGUUCAAAGCAGAAGAAACUUCUCACGACUUUGAAUGACAAGAAAAGGUAUGUCAUUCAUUAUCGAGCACUUAAGCAGGUCUUAGAUAAUGGACUUCGAUUAAAAAAGGUGCAUAGGAUUUUGAGUUUUGAGCAGAGGGCGUGGCUCAAACCAUAUGUUGAAUUUAACACAGAAAAGCGAAAGCAAGCAAAGAAUGAGUUUGAAAAACUCUUCUACAAAUUGUUAAUUAAUGCAGUCUAUGGAAAGUGUAUUGAACGAGAGCGGAAACGUGUAGAUGUGCGAUUAGUAAAUAAAUUUACAGGCAGAUACGGAGCAGAAGCACGCAUAGCUCUGCCAAAUUUUCACAGUUGUGCAAUCUUCGAUGAAAAUUUGGUUGCCAUACAGCUGAAGAGGACAAGUAUUACAAUCAAAAAACCAAUAUACGUUGGUCUCUCAAUUCUAGAUUUGUCAAAAACAUUAGUAUAUGAUUUUCAUUAUUCAUAUAUGAAAAAGCGAGUUGGAGAAAAAUGCAAACUCCUGUAUACGGAUAUUGAUAGUUUAAUAUAUGAAGUUGAGGAUGUAGAUAUGUAUCAAAUAAUGAAAGAAGAUGUACAUAAAUUUGAUACUUCUGAUUAUGAUGAAAAUAAUCAGUUUUUAAUUCCACGUGUUAAUAAAAAAGUUCCUGGAUUGAUGAAAGACGAAUGCUGUGGCAAGAUUAUGACAGAAUUCAUUGGUUUAAGAAGCAAAAUGUACAGUAUUUUGAUUAAUGGAGCCGCGACAGUGAAUAAAGCUAAAGGUAUAAAAUCUAGUGUUGUAAAAAAAUCAAUCACGUUUGAAGAUUAUCGAAAAUGCCUUCAGGAUCUUGUUAUUAUAAAACGUGAGCAGUGUAAUAUUCGAUCAAAAUUACACAUUGUGCAUACUGAAAAACAGGAAAAAAUUGCUCUAAGUCCACACGAUGAUAAAAGAUUCUUAUUGCCUCAUAGUACUGACACUUUGCCUUGGGGACAUUACAGAAUUAUGGAAGAACACAUAUGCAAGAUGGCGCAAGCUGCUAUGCAAGUAGAGGGAGAGGCGGUGGAGGGGGGAUUGUGGUGGAGGAGAGGGGCAACAAUGGCGAAGGACGAAAAAGAGAGGGAGAAAGUGAGUGGGGGCAUGUAG